CUGACUUGGGAAUUUCCUUAUUAUUUUAGAAUGAGUCAAGAAUCGACCCACGGUCAGUACGUUCCAGAGCCGGAGCACGUGAGCGUGCACACGGUGAACACCGAGAGUUCGAGUUUCACGCCUCCGGGUGACGGAGGGCAACCGCAGAAUCAACCUGCGCCAGCGGGACAGCCACCAGCUGUACCACCGCCAGUCGUACCACCUCCAGUGAUGCCACCGUUGGCGAUACCGCCGGUGGCCUACGAGCAGAUGUUCCCGGCCAUGAUGGCCCAUUAUAUGCAGCACAUGGCGCAGUUUAUGCCCAUGUUCCAGCCACCGCCACCACCACAGCCGCAGCCGCGCAUCGUUACCUUCAAGAUGUUGAAGGAUAAUGGAG